CUGUUCAAAACCCUAGUUCUUCUUCUCAAUCUCUGAGGAAAUCGAAGAAGAACAAGCUCGUUUCCUUGAAAAUGGCGUCAAUGGCGCCAUCGAUCUCUGCUUCAGAUGGAGUUUCUCCGUCGGCGCCUGAUCCUCGCAACGCUACAACCAAUAAAUUUUUCGUUUGGAGGGAGUUCGUCUGGGGAGCAAUUGCAGGGGCGUUUGGGGAAGGAAUGAUGCACCCGAUUGACACUUUGAAAACAAGAAUCCAGAGUCAGGCAGUUAUCAGUGGAUCUCAGUCUGAGAAAAGCAUACUUCAAAUGCUCAGGACGGUCUCAGCUACUGAUGGUUUAAGAGGAUUUUAUAGAGGAGUUACUCCAGGAUUGACUGGAUCACUAGCUACAGGAGCUACAUACUUUGGUGUUAUAGAAUCUACCAAAAAAUGGAUGGAGGAGAAAAAUCCAAACCUUGGUGGUCAUUGGUCUCACUUCAUCGCUGGAGCUGUUGGAGACACACUUGGUUCUAUUGUCUACGUACCAUGUGAAGUUGUGAAACAGCGUAUGCAGGUGCAAGGCACCAAACAGUCCUGGAGCUCAUCCAUUUUGCAAAAAAAUGUCUCUCAAAAGACUGGGCCUCAGAUGUACUGUUACUACACAGGAAUGUUUCAGGCAGGCCAUUCAAUCUGGAAGCAACAUGGUGUGAAGGGCUUAUAUGCAGGAUACUGGUCCACACUUGCAAGAGAUGUUCCUUUUGCUGGUCUCAUGGUAACCUUUUAUGAAGCAUUAAAGGACCUAGCUGAUUUUGGGAAGCGAAGGUUACUGCCCAGGAGUGAUCUUCAAGUUACCAAUUCAUUUGAAGGACUGAUUUUAGGGGGAAUAGCUGGUGGAUUAAGUGCUUAUCUUACUACUCCCUUGGAUGUUAUCAAAACAAGAUUGCAAGUUCAAGGAUCCAUUAGUAGGUACAAUGGCUGGUCAGAUGCUCUGAGAACAAUUUGGAGGACUGAAGGUCUAAAAGGCAUGUUCAAAGGCAGUAUUCCAAGAGUUAUAUGGUACAUUCCAGCUUCGGCCCUUACAUUUAUGGCUGUGGAGUUCCUCCGUGAUCAUUUUAACGAGAAAAUGGAUGACAAUGUACAUGAAGUCACAGGUUUAUCACUUGACACAAAGUCGAAAAUUCAAGAACCAGUUUAAUGUUCAUCCCUAUGCAAAUAUCUUUAUCUAAAAUGUUCGGUAGAUUCAUCACUUGGUUUUUUGUCUAGGAGUUGCAUACAACAAGAAGCUGAAGCUUGUGCCUGUUACUGAAAAAUUUUUCAGAUUUGUGAUGGGUAGGAAAUUGUGAUCUUUUUCUUAAUCACUAAUCGAUUUAAUUUUCAGUUUAAAGAGCUUGUGUUCUUUUGAAUUAAUUUUGUACUCAACCUGUUCAUUGAAAUUU